GGAGUCCAGACCUCCAAGGACUGGAGGAUGCAGUACGCUCAGCCUGUGUUUGGGACAGAAGGGUUCUUGAGUUCCUGCUGGCAUCACAGCUCAACUCUCGAGUCUACCCUGCAUGUUCAACUCCAUCUUUACUGUAGCGUAAUUACAUUACAAUCACAUACAGUAUAAUACACCAAAUUGCCAGCAUUCGUUUUCAUGAAAAAAAUACAUUGAUUAAAAUAUGAAAAAAAUAUAUAUAUGUUUGUGUGCCUCUAAAAAGGCCAAUGGCGGGAAAUAAUUGUCGGCAUUGGUAGUUCUGGUGAGAGUAGUUUGUGUUUGCUGAGUGCAAAAUGUACAGUUAUUGUUCCUGUGCUGCCAUACUUUGUGUGAGAUGUAUUCUGGGAUAUCUGAUUAUCCAAGUCCACACAAAUCACCUGCUGAUGCAUCCUUGAUAAAACCAGAGACUGUUCAGUACAGAGGAUCUUUGGUAAAACUCACAAAUUGAGACCACUUCCGGGUAUUUGAUCAGUGCUUGGCUAGAUGCAAACUCUUGAAUUGGAAUAGUUCUUGGGCUGUGAUUGAUGACACUUCACAAGUGGAGUCCAUGGAAACGUAAGUACAGAGAAGAAUGCAUUUGGAGAAACGCCCAUACACUCACCUCACCUCAUGAGUUCAAAUCAUAUGACAGCACAAACACCAACGACGUGGGACAGGUGACGUCACAGAGCAGCCACCCACUGGAGAAGAAGAGGGAGGAAACAAGUCAACGCCAUGCACCAUCAUCAUCAUCAAUCAUCAUCAUCAAUCAAUCAUCGUCAUCAAUCAUUAACAGAAUCACUACAUUAUCACCGGCCCCAAUUCACAAGGUCACAAAACCACUUGAGCUUUAUGGACGUAGAUCUUUACCAUAUUAACACUAAUAUAUUAAGUGUAUUGUCAUUACAGUAGUAACGCUAGGCCAGCUGGUUAGAGGUGUGUAAUAUGUGAGAUAAGGUGUGGCUGUUCAACAAUGAGACUGAUGCUGUGAUUCAUUUGUGAGACACAAGUACAUAUGUACUCGUAUGUACUCGUAAUAGCAGUCUCGUUAUUUAACUGAGGUGUUCACUGACAUGGCGGAACACCUCCUCUGGCCUUAAUUCAUGAAAACAGCAGAGUCCAUUAAGGAUUCUCUCUUUACUUCUCUGUCCUAUUCUAUUAUUUUAUUCCCCCCCCCCCUCUCUCUCCCUUUCUCUCCCUCCUUCAGGUUGUCUUCCGCUCUAUGAUUCUUGCUCUUUUUCUUUUUCCUUUUCCUUUUCCGAUUCUCUCUCUCUCCCUCUCCCACUCCCUUUCCCUUUCUCUGUUUCUCUCUCCCCCUCUCUCCUCCUCUCCCUCUCCCUCUCCCUCUCUCUGCAUCGCCUCUUAAUGCUUCACUGAACAGCAGUCCUGCUGCAGCCAGACCAUCAAAAAGCAACUUAUUCCCUCUCUACCUUUUCAAAAAACUAUUAAUCUGCCACUGUCCAAUAAAAGGAACAGCCGCCACCUGCCAGCCAAUGAGAUUGCGGCGGAGCCACACUCUGCCGGCCAAUCGGCGCAGACAUUCUAAUGUGGCCCAUCUUUAUCUCGAAGGUGUCACCUCAACUUGAGCCGAUUCUUAUUUAUGACCCUCGGACUGGGAGCCAGCCAGCAGGCAUCCGUCUCCGCGAGCGGCAGAAGGGGCUGUGUCAAAGGUGCCUCAAACCUCCAGUGUUGACUGAGGGAGUUCCCCCCAGCAUGGCCCAGAGCAGGUGAGACAUUCACGCAGACUCCAUCUCCACCUGCACCACCGCCGCCCGCGUGCUGAUCUCAGGCCUGGCAGAGCGCCCCUUGAGAAGCCCGCAACCCCCUGGUACCAGACCCAAGGCAGGAGUGCACUUAUACGGGACUAACGGGGCCUUGAUCUGAGAGCAAAGUCUACUGAGGGAUUAGUUCAUAGAGAGUACUCACAGUGGCACAUUCACAUCAAACUAAAGGAAGAGGUGAUUUUUUUGAAAGAAGAGUUUAUUAUUUUUGGAGUCUGAUUUUUUUUCUUCCUGAAGCGAGCCCGUGCCGCCUGUCAAUCUGGAGUCGGAGGAGUCUCUGUCCAUGGACCCGGGGUCUUUCCUCUUCAACGGCGGCCUCGGCCAGUUCUCCUCGGACAUCAAGGGGCCCGUGUGCCAGUACUCGGUGCCCAACUCCUUCUACAAGCUCAACCCGGGGUUGAGCGCGCAGCUGGCCGCUGGCACCCCGCAUGGCAUCAGCGACAUCCUCAGCCGCUCCAUGAUGGGGGCCCCCGGUGCCCCCCUGCUCUCGGGCUACCCCACAAUGGGGGGGUUCGGAGCCACCAUGUCUGCCCCGGGCAUGUACUACAACAGGGACUACAACCCCGCGCUGGGCAGCUUUUCCAAGGCCCCUGAGUGCGCGGGGAUGAAGGGCCGCUCUGGGACCUGCUGGACAGACUCGCCGUACGAGUGCAGAGGAGGCAGACAGCCCUGCAGCAACAACGGCGGGCACAUGGUGGACGCAGGGGGCAGGAAGAAACACACUCGGCCCACCUUCAGCGGGCAUCAGAUCUUCGCUCUGGAGAAGACCUUCGAGCAGACCAAGUACCUGGCAGGACCUGAGAGAGCCAGACUGGCAUACUCACUGGGUAUGACUGAGUCACAAGUGAAGGUGUGGUUCCAGAACCGGCGCACUAAGUGGCGGAAGAAGACGGCGUCCGAGCCCACCUCCACCCAGGCGGCGGGGGGCGACGGAGCGGGGGACGCGUCGGAGAACGAGGUGGAGGACGAGGAGUACAACAAGCCCCUGGACCCCGACUCGGACGACGAGAAGAUCCGACUGCUACUGCGCAAACACCGCCGUGCUUUCUCUGUGCUCAGACUGGGCCCUCAUGUCUGAGACUGACACCCACACACACACACAUACACACACAUGCACAC